CACCGGCCUCUGCAGUCGAACUCGUGGAAGACGAGCCCAGAGGCGGGGCGGAGGCCGUCGCGCCGUGGUGACGUAGUGCUGCCGGCGCGGGCGGGUGACGCCACGGGGCCCGUUGUCUGUGUGUGGGGCUAGGGGCCCCGGGGGCGGCGGGGGCUCCCGGCGGGGGCGGCGGUGUGUUGGGAGGGCCUGGACAUGGCGCUGAGGGGCCGCCCCGCGGGAAGAUGAAUAAGGGCUGGCUGGAGCUGGAGAGCGACCCUGGCCUCUUCACCCUCCUGGUGGAAGAUUUCGGUGUCAAAGGGGUGCAGGUGGAAGAGAUCUAUGACCUUCAGAGCAAAUGCCAGGGCCCCGUGUAUGGAUUCAUCUUCCUAUUCAAAUGGAUCGAAGAGCGCCGCUCCCGUCGCAAGGUCUCUACCUUGGUGGAUGAUACAUCAGUGAUUGAUGACGAUAUUGUGAAUAACAUGUUCUUUGCCCACCAGCUGAUCCCCAACUCUUGUGCCACUCAUGCCCUGCUGAGCGUGCUCCUUAACUGCAGCGAUGUGGACCUGGGGCCCACCCUGAGUCGCAUGAAGGACUUCACCAAAGGUUUCAGCCCUGAGAGCAAAGGAUAUGCGAUUGGCAACGCCCCGGAAUUGGCCAAGGCACAUAAUAGCCAUGCCAGGCCUGAGCCACGCCACCUCCCCGAGAAGCAGAAUGGUCUUAGUGCAGUGCGGACCAUGGAGGCAUUCCACUUUGUCAGCUAUGUGCCUAUCACAGGCCGGCUUUUUGAGCUGGAUGGGCUGAAAGUCUACCCCAUUGACCAUGGCCCCUGGGGAGAUGAUGAGGAGUGGACAGACAAGGCACGGAGGGUCAUCAUGGAGCGUAUCGGCCUCGCCACUGCAGGGGAGCCCUACCAUGACAUCCGCUUCAACCUGAUGGCGGUGGUGCCCGACCGCAGGAUCAAGUAUGAGGCCAGGCUGCACAUGCUGAAGGUGAACCGUCAGACAGUACUGGAAGCCUUGCAGCAGCUGAUUAGGGUAACGCAGCCAGAGCUGAUUCAGACUCACAAGUCUCAAGAGUCACAGCUGCCUGAGGAGUCCAAACCAGCCAGUGGCAAAUCCCCCCUGGCGCUGGAGGCAGGCAGGGCCCCAGCGGCCUCUGAGAGCACCCACACAGAUGGUGUGGAGGAGGUGGCUGGGUCGUGCCCACAAGCCCCGACCCACAGCCCUCCCAGCAAACCCAAGCUGGUGGUAAAGCCUCCAGGGAGCAGCCUCAAUGGGGUUCCCCCCAAUCCUACUCCCAUUGUCCAGCGGCUGCCGGCCUUUCUGGAUAAUCACAACUAUGCCAAGUCCCCUAUGCAGGAGGAGGAAGACCUGGCAGCAGGUGUGGGCCGCAGUCGAGUUCCAGUCCGCCCACCCCAGCAGUACUCAGAUGAUGAGGACGACUAUGAGGAUGAUGAGGACGACGAUGUGCAGAACACCAACUCUGCCAUCAGGUACAAGCGAAAGGGGCCAGGGAAGCCAGGGCCAUUGAGCGGCUCCGGAGACGUGCAGCUGUCAGUGCUGCAGCCCAACACUAUCAAUGUCUUGGCUGAGAAGCUCAAAGAGUCCCAGAAAGACCUCUCAAUUCCUCUGUCCAUCAAGACAAGCAGCGGGGCCGGGAGUCCGGCUGUGGCCAUGCCCAUGCACUCGCAGCCUUCGCCCACCCCCAGCAACGAGAGCACAGACACAGCCUCCGAGAUUGGCAGUGCUUUCAACUCGCCGCUGCGUUCACCCAUCCGCUCGGCCAACCCGACACGGCCCUCCAGCCCUGUCACCUCCCACAUCUCCAAGGUGCUUUUUGGAGAGGAUGACAGCCUGUUGCGUGUUGACUGCAUACGCUACAAUCGUGCUGUACGCGACCUGGGUCCUGUUAUCAGCACAGGUCUGCUGCACCUGGCUGACGAUGGUGUGCUGAGUCCCCUGGCACUGACAGAGGGUGGGAAGGGUUCCUCGCCCUCCAUCAGACCAAGCCAGGGGUCCGGCAGCCCAGAGGAGAAAGAGGUGGUGGAAACUGUGGACGGCAGAGAGAAGCCUGGGCUGGUCAGGCCCGGUGAGCCCUUGAGCGGGGAGAAGUACUCACCCAAGGAGCUGCUGGCACUGCUGAAGUGUGUGGAGGCUGAGAUUGCAAACUAUGAGGCCUGCCUUAAGGAGGAGGUAGAGAAGAGGAAGAAGUUCAAGAUUGAUGACCAGAGAAGGACCCACAACUACGAUGAGUUCAUCUGCACCUUUAUCUCCAUGCUGGCUCAGGAAGGCAUGCUGGCCAACCUGGUGGAGCAGAACAUCUCCGUGCGGCGGCGCCAAGGGGUCAGCAUUGGCCGGCUCCACAAGCAGCGCAAGCCUGACCGGCGGAAACGCUCGCGCCCCUACAAGGCCAAGCGCCAGUGAAGACUGCUGACCCUGACUCUGCAGCCUGCUCUUGCCGCAUGGCCCUCACGAGGGCCCCUUCCCUGCCCCACUCUCCCUCUUCCCAGUAUUACUGAAUAGUUCCAGCCAGAGAGCCUAAACGCUGGGAAUGGGAGCCAGGCCAGAAUUCCCUGCAUUGUGCCACGGGGCCUGGCAGGGCAGGUCAGCCCCCUAGUGCUCAGGAGCUGGAGCUGGGGGACAGCGAGGUGCUGCAGCUUCCUCCACAGCCGGCUGUGGAGUGGCAGGACCUGGCCUUUCUGCCUGGGCAGCAGAAAUAUAUAUUUUGCCUA